UUCCUAACAGUGAAUUCUUUGAACAUGUGCAAUCCACCAUCUCCUAAGAUGCACAGACGUCCCAUGAAUACUCCUAGCACCACAUCAGUCUCUCCCAAAACUAUUGAUCCCAAAUUCAAAGAACUUAUAAGACUGAUUGACUGGCCUGAGCCGCCAUCCCCUGUGACACACUAUAAUCUAUCUACCAGCCCCGGACACUGUGAUUACCAUCUGCUGAAUACACGGGACACGUACAGGAUUGGGGAGACGUUGGAAGUGCUCAUCACAGCUCGGGACCACCAUGGUCGGCCAAAGGAAUAUGGUGGAGAUUACUUCCGAGCCAAGCUGCACUGUCCGGCACUGAAGGCUGGAGUGACUGGACACGUAGAGGACCAUGGUAAUGGCAGCUAUAUGGCCACGUUCCUCCUCCCAUGGUCAGGGAGAGCAGAGGUGCAAAUCCGGCUCAUUCACUCCAGUGAGGCGGUGGCUGUUUUAAAGAAGAAGAGGGAGAGCCAUCCAGAGAAGGUAUUUUUCCUUGGAUUUUUCCAAUUUAACGGAAGCAGUGAAGUGAUGGAGUGUAACCUGGAAUUGCCGGGAAGGGAUGUGUGCAAAUACCGGGACCCAGCCUCUGGGAACACGUGGCAGUGUGUGAGACCACGGAAUUUGCCGUGUGACUCCUGGAUUUAUCACGCCGGUGGAGGUUUGAGCAAAGUGACAGAUCAGCUGGAGGACGCUCUCCUGAGUGACUCUGUCACUGACCGAAUUAUCUCUGGCAAAGUUUCUCCAAUCAAGGUCAUCUCAGAUACCAGCUCACUGGAACUCACCUCCAAACUCUCGGCCUGCAGACCUGGCCGGAAACCUGCACAGCCUUCUGGCUUUUACUAUGGUGACAACUGGAGAUCCCUUACAUGUCUAGCGCGCCAUUUUCCUCGCUCAUCAGAUGCUCUUGCCUGUCUCAGAGGGAAAGACAUCUACAUGUUUGGAGACUCCACGCUGCGCCAGUGGUUUGAGUAUUUGGAGAUGUUCAUUCCCAGUCUCAAGGUGAUAGACUUGCAUGUUUUUCGCACAUCAGGACCUCUGCUUGCUGUGGAUGCUAAUGCUGGUCUGGCCAUUCGAUGGAGGUUCCAUGGACUUCCAAUAAGAACUGGCAAGACUUUGGUUUCUAAUAUUCAUUAUGAGUCAGCCGGCUUGGCUGGGAUUGGUGGGGGCCCUGAUACUGUUGUUUUGGUGAACCUAUGGGCUCACUUCACCAGUUUCCCUGUAAGAGUCUAUUUAGAAAGGUUGGAGCAGAUCCAUCAGGCAAUUAAAUCUUUACUUUUCCGUAGCCCUCAGACCACUGUGAUAAUUAAAUCAGCCAACACGGGCCGUAAGACAGUUCAUGACAGUGACUGGCUGUCACUUCAGUUGGACACAUUAAUGAGGGCAACCUUUAAAGGAAUGGCUGUCACUAUCUUGGAUGCCUGGGACAUGACCUCCUGCCACUAUCUCCCUGACAGCACACACCCAAGACCACCAGUCAUCAGGAAUGAGGUGGACCUCAUGUUGUCCUACAUAUGUCCACAAUGA